UUACGGUGCUCGUGCAGCCUAUAUUUUGGGUAAAUGGCGGCUUGCGCAAAGCUUCGCUUAGCCAUUAGGGACGAUGUCUUCAUGUGCGCUCUCUUCCCGCGCGCUUGGUGCAGGAUGUCGCGUAAUCUAAAAUUGUAGGGAUGGCUUGAAGCGAGAGGCAGCACAGGGUAUUUGCUUCCACUGCCUCACUCAUCACGUCAACACUGUUACAGCGAGUGUUCGCGGUCAUCACGUUGGAUCUGUUGAGGUUUGCCUGUACGUGCAUGAAACAUGCUUGUUACUUGAUGAGAAAGAAAAGUUUACUGCAUUUUAUAUAAGCGAUGAAACUACUAAACUUACGUCGGGUAGUUGGCUAUUACUUUGCUAUAGCUGUGUAUGCUUCGCCUUUCAGGCGAAACUGCAAGUUUUCGAAUGAGGUGAUGUAUUGGAAAAUAUACUAGAAGGUAUGCACCACCAUUUGCGACACAGGCAUUGUGAGAGAUCGAUCCUGUCAGCGCUGCAAGAGAGCAGGGACACCUUAAGGUAAUGGACCACCGACAACCGGCCCACCAAAUAAUAGACGGAGUGCCUAGAUGUAUCAACAUAAAUGCAGACCGGUUAAGAGAAAAUCUUAAAUUCAGAGCGAAGAAAGGAGACGUCGUGCAAUCUACUUUUCCGAAGAGUGGAACGCACUGGUUGAUGUACAUCACACAGCUCAUCCUGAGGAAAGGACAACCAAUAACCACACACGACGAGUUCAGUAAAGAAUGGCGCUUUCUGGAGUACAUGGACAUCAAGGACUGGAAGUCGUCUCUGCCACUGAGAACAUUUUCUACACAUCUGGCCUUGGACGAGAUCGCAAUGACAGAAGAGGGAAAGUACAUUUACAUCGCCCGUAAUCCAUGGGAUGUCUGCGUUUCGUUCUACCACAUGGCGAGCAACUUGAGUCUUUUUCAAUUUCAUGAUGGCACAUUCGCAGAAUUCGUUGACAGCUUUCUGAAUGGCAACUUCGGUUACGGAGACUACUUCGAACACGUAGCGUCGGGUUAUGCUCUCAGGCAGCACCCGAAUGUGUUCUUCGUAACUUAUGAAGAGAUGAAGAAGAACACGCGAGAGGUAGUGUUGAGACUGGCGUAUUUUUUGGGAGAGGAGUAUGGCCGUGCUUUCGAAAAUGACGAAACGCUGCUUCAAGUGCUCCUGCAGAGGUCACAGCCAGAUUACAUGCGAAGUGUGGUGGUGAUUAAUCUCAACGGCAGCCCGAACCCUCACUGGGACGAGGUGAUCAAACAAACAAAGGCUACCUGCAAGGAAGGGUACGAAGGAGACGAGAAUAGAUACGCGUUAGUGAGAAAGGCCAAGGUAGGAGGAUGGAAGGAGUACUUUACCCCUCAACUCCUACGGCAAAUGGAGAAGCGAAUUCUUGAGGCAGAAAAGAAGUCUUCUUUCAUGGACCUCUGGAAAGACAUCCGAGCUGAAGCAAAAGCUGCUUUUAAGAGUUCCGAAUAAAAACGCUUGCUGCGA